CGGUGAGACUCCGCGUGUGUUUGUCGAUUUAGCCUGCUCGGCUCUGUCCACACCCUUUUCGCCGUUCCUACCAUGUACUGGCUGCCCCUCACGCUCAUUUUAUCGUCUGGCCAGCUUCUCGUCAAUGCUGGCUAUCAAACCAAAGGGCAAAACUGUUCCUCCGCUGAUAACCGUCUCCAGAUAGGGACGUAUCAAUUCUACAGUGACUGCGACUCCGAGACCUACUGCUCCUCCGCCGGUGUUUGCGAACUUAAAGGGUGCAGAAAGGACCAGUACCCGUUUGGCUAUGCUCAGAAUGCCACACUUCCACCGCUCUGUCCAAGUGGUCAAUUUUGCCCCGAUGAGGCUGAUGCGUGCCAACCCCUCCUCGGCGUUGGCAGUCCCUGUCAACUGAACCGCGAUGACCAAUGCGAACCUCCUCCCAAUGCCGCAGAGCUUGCUGACACGUUACACUAUGGUCGUAACGUCAAUGGCGCUGUUUGUCUCAACAACGUCUGCAUGUGGGCAAACGUUACGGUGGGCCAGCCGUGCGAAAUAGAAAACACGGCCUAUAUCGCAUACACAGGCAACAGCGAGUACAUCGACGUUGCAUCAAGAGGAAACUGUCAAGUUGGAUCGUACUGUGACUCUCAACGACUGAUUUGCGUGACCAUGAAGGCUGUCGGCGAGACUUGUGAUGGAGAUAAAGAAUGCAGCACGUUCAAUUGCCAAAGCAAUGGUGUGUGUGGUCAGAGUGCUGAUAUGCCCAACCAAUUUGGGGCCUGGGUAUAUGUCUUAGUCGGGGUGAGCAUCUUGGGAGGGAUGUCUGGGACGCUCGUUUCGUUGUUCUUGAUCCACCGGCGUCAACGUGACGCGGAGCGCGAGAAGCGCGAACAGUACUGGCGCGAACAGAAUGCAUUCCGGCAGAAUAUUCUUCAAAUGCGCGAAACAGCGCGGACGUCCAUUCUCUCGCUCCCUGGGCAUGGUAGCAACAGGAGUACCAUGUAUUCGCGUGCUGCAUCUGCUGUGUCCGAUGAUUCGUCCUCGCCUAUUCUACAACAGCAACAAUCGCCAUAUGGUACCAGUGGACUACGGAACUACGUGGUCGAUGAUCGAGACUGAAGGUGAUUAACAGUACCUACACUUACAUUUAUUAGACGUACGGACUCGUAAUAGUAUCUUGUUUAUCAUGAAUUUCUGCUUAUACACGAUCCUUAAUUGCGUCCUUUCCCACGCUACGCGACGGAGGCGUAUGUUUUUUUUUCUCGAUUACUCAGGGCUU